AUGGGGUGUUCGGGUUCCAACCAGCAGUUGGCAUGCUGCCACCUGGUGACGGAGCGCUCACUCUGCCAUGCCGUGCCUGGGUGCGCAGUGGCUGUGGGCCCAGAGGCCAGGCUGUACAGGAGCUUGGAGAAUCUCCACUGGACUGCGGUGGCCGAGGGAAACGCUCACUCGUUCAGCCCACCUUGCCAAGGCACCGGGAGGGAGUUCAUCUUCCACCACCGGACGACAAGCGAUUGGUACGAGGUCUCGACAGGGCGCCCUGACAUCAACAGCCUGUUGCGUGCUUGCAUCAGUCCACGGUCGGGGAGGCCUGAGGUGGGACAUUCACCGACUUUCGCCAAAGUGCCGCAAUGGCUUUUCCCGUCAAUGACUGAGAAGGUCCUGAACGGUGAUGCUAAGAGGGGGCUGAAAGAGAAACUCCGGUUCCACAGCCAUAAGGCAACAGAGGUCAGCAAACCUAUCCGCCCUCAGGCCUUUCCUGAGGAUCUUUCUGCUUCAAAAGACUGCACUGGAAGAGUGAACCACGGGCACUGCCCGUCGCGGUAUGGCAAGUUCUUGAACAACCCCUUGGCAAGAAAGCCCUCUCAAAAUGGCUGCUCAGCUCCUCAGCAAAGAUCACAGCGAUUGAGCAGUCCUGCGGAGAUCAAGGAGGAAGCCAUGCGGAGGUUGAAGCUACGCCGUCAGAACAGCACACCAAACCUGAUAGCCCUCCCCUCCAAGGAGGAAGGUGGCGAAGUGGUUAAGUCCCAGACCACAGAACCGCUGGCCCAGCCUGAGAAGAACAUGCCCAAAGAGCUGUCAACAGCAGCGUCUGAACGGAGGCGAAACUUCAAGGCACGGGUCCACAUUCCCUCGUUCGAAGAGUUCAAAAAGCUGAGGAAGAGGGAGAAAUGCCAGGCUGUAAGCACUGACGUCCAGUUGCAGGAAAGCAAGAACUUUGCCACUCUCUGUGGCACAGUGAGGAGGACGACUGGUGGCAGUUGUCCAUCACUGAUUAAGAUGGACCACCACAACCCGUGGAAGAGGCAGCUGACCAGAUGCCAAGGACUCGCUUGCUGUGACCCCAGACCCUGCCGCUGUCAGCUGGAAGCCCAACAGCUUUGUUCACAGAUUGGCCUUAUGCCCACUGGGAACAGAGGCCCUGGGAAGGCCUCUCCAGCCCCACGUAUCCAGGCGACGACCAGCCUGGGGGAGCAUCAUGCUUCCCCAGACCCAAUCUGCACCAGCCCGGCUCCUGGGUCACCCUUGCAGACAGAAGUGACUCUGCCCCAUGGGUGUGAGGAUCUGGCGAAGAGGCCAGAGCCCACAAACCAUGCAGGAUUCAGUCAGGAUUCCAACCACGUGGAGAAGAACAUGAUAGGCGAGGCCCAGUUGUCGUGUUGCCCUUCGCUCCUAUUGGAAACGGCUGCCGAUCUUUCUGGCUAUGGCGUCAGGUUUCAGCAGAUGAAAGACGGCCUGAUAGGCUCAGCCAUCGACCUCAUCAAAAAAAGCUGCACUGCAGAAGCUGCGGCUGUACCAUCAGCCCAUCUCCAGGAGCUGGGUGACAUCACCAUCAAUGAACAGGACAAUCAAUCAGGCCCGGUUUCCACGGCGACCCUGGACUGCGGCGCAGAAGGCAAUCAGAAGCUCGCUGGUGUUCAUCGGCAGACAGAUUGUCAUUCCCUCCCUGGAUGCCGAAGGUCAAGCUCUGACGCAGCCUAUGGGACUACAGAGAGUGCCAAGGCCCAACGUGAAUGCCGCCUGCGCCCCCAUUUCAGCGACCCCAUGCCAGCUGAUGCAGUCAAACGGAAGCAGUUGGAGAUGAGGAUAGCGGCUGCUGCCUGGGGCCUCGGUCAGAAGAGACGGCAAGAGAAGGACGGCAACAGUGGGAGUGACUCAAAGCCAAGAGAUGGUCACCAGGGAAGAACCGGCUCUGACAACAGAUCAAAGCAUCGCUGGAGUAACCUCAGCACAGACAGUGGUGUGGUGGGACUGAAUGACAGAAGUGAAGAGAGGGAGGAGGAAGAGGCUGAGCGUGAAAGGAAGAGCAGAACAGCAGAAGUAGAGAGAGCGGACAGCGGUAUUGGGCCAGCCAUGGCCAAGAAAUGGAAAAGUCGGGUGGGGGAGACAGCACGUUCAGUGCAGGCCUGGGUUGUCCAUCGACCCUGUGUCGACUGCGGAGAGAGAGACUUCUCAGAGGCAGACCUGAGGGAUGCCAUGAAGAUACGAGAGAACCUCUGUGGACAGUGUGCAAAGCGCAGGACUGAGCGUAAGGAGGCCAUCUUGGAAUUUGUCAACACAGAAUCGAGCUAUGGGGAGGACCUCCGCAUUAUCAAGGAGGAGUUUCACCUCCCCAUGCAGGCGGCUGGACUCCUGACCCCAGAUCAGCUAGCGGUGAUCUUCAGUAACAUACAGGAACUCAUAGAGGUCAAUGAGAAAUUUCUGGAGAGGCUGCAUGAUUCCACUGAACAAGCCUUUGAUCAGGACGAUGAGGACUUUUUAACCGUGUGCAUUGGCGAAAUGUUCCUUGAGUUUGUCAACAUGCUGCCAGCAUUUCAGACAUACUGCAUCCAUCAGUCUACCUCCAUCAACAUGCUGAACACACUGGAGAAAGAGAAGGAACUCCUCAGGAUCUUCCUUGACGUGUCGCAGAAUGACAACACCGCCCUGCGCCGGAUGAAUCUGCGGUCAUUCCUGAUGGCUCCACUGCAACGGGUCACCAAGUACCCACUCCUCCUUAGUCGGAUCAGUAACUCCACGCCAGAGUACCACCCAGACCACUGCAGCCUGCGGGAGGCAAAGAGCAGGGUGGAGUCCCACCUGGAGCACAUCAACAUGAAGACCAAGCAGGAGGCUGCCCCACCCUGGUCGCUGCGCUCCUUCCGCCGGGACAGCCGGCGUAACCGGGAGGUGGUCAACAUUGAGAUGAGGGAGAUCGCCAUCAAGGCUCUGGGCUGGCCGAGGGAGGAUACCCGCUUCCCGAUGGAGGGUGUGCUCCAGUCCUCUCAGCCCAGCGACGGCCAGUGGGCCAAGAAGGGAAGCAGGUCACUCAAGUUCCAGACCCUUCACGUGCUCCUGAUGGUCAACGUGGGCCGGGAGCCAGAGCCCAGCCAAGAUGGCACGGUGGCUGGGAGCGGGUGGGAUCCGCCUGUACGGGACGCCGCGCUGGUACUGAUCAGGGACAAGAGUGGUGGCAAGUUCUCCCUGUUCCGCCGCCCCAUCCACCUCAGCCACUGCGUGGUGUCCUCGGACCCAGACUGUGAUGACACGUUUGAGCUGCUGGACAUCCGAAAGGAGGCAUUCGUCUUCCGCGACACCGACAAGCACCGGACCCGGCACUGGUUCAGGCUGAUCAAGCGCUACUCACAGGAUCUGGGCUCCUGGCGUAAAAGACGUAAUGCACUCCCCAACAUCAUGAUUAAUGCGACUUACAGCCGGUCCUGA